AUGACGCUUGCCUUUCUGAAUCCGCUGGGCUUCGCCCUGUUCCGACUCCUAACCUCGCAGCCAGGGGAGAACGUCCUCGUCUCUCCGACGUCCAUCUCAGGAUGUCUGUCCAUGGUCGCGGCUGGAUCCACAGAGGGCUCAGUGACGGAACAGGAGCUGGCGACCUUGCUAAACGGUCUGCUGCCAGGCUUGCCUGCAGAGAGCGCCGUGGAGAUGAAUAGCUCUGCCUGGGUUCGCAUGUUGGUGCGGCCAGACUUUGUGGAGGCCGUUCAGAAAAACUUCCGCGCAGAGGCCCACGAGCUGGCGAGCGCGGAUCCUCAGCCGAUCAACGAGUGGGUUAAUGAGAAGAGUCUCGGGCGCAUCCCAAGUCUCUUCGACAGGCCACUGGAUCCUCUCACUGUGAUGGUGCUCGUCAACACGGUUUUCUUCAAGGGCUCUUGGGCCACAGUCUUUGAUCCAACGCUUACCCAGAAGGCACAGUUCAAGGGUUUCUCGUCGCUUCUUCCAUGCGACAUGAUGUACAAGCACGACAAGAGCAUGCCUUUCCGUGAUCAUGAGAACUUCCAAGCUGUGCGACUUCCUUACAGCGACGAGAAGACAUGGGCAACCAUCAUUCUUCCGAAAGGCCACGGCAUGCAGGCCCUGUCCGAUCUGGCAACUUCCCUUGAAGAGGUCUGGGAGUCCCUGGACGAAGGGCUGCGCGACCGGCGUGCGGAGGUGGAGCUGCGGCUGCCGCGCUUCCGCCUCAGUGCCGGAGGGUCCAUCAAGAGUGUCCUUCGUGAGCUUGGCCUGAAGGAGACUUUUGAGCCCAGCGGCGGAUUCCUAAAGAUCUCCGAGGAUCCCCGGGUCCAUCUCGGUGAGGUCAUGCACAAGGCGACGCUGGAAGUCAACGAGGAAGGCACCGUUGCAGUUGCGGCAACGGGGGCUGAGAUGAGAUCCAAGUCUAUUCCACAACCCCCUGUGCCAGUCACAGUGGACCGGCCGUUUCUCUUUGUGCUGAGCGACAACUCCGGUGCAAUUCAUUUCCUGGGGCAGGUUGCGGCGCCGGAGCUGGCCGGGGUCGAGGCCACGCUGAGCGGCUGA